UGAGCAUUCAUUAAGGGGCCGGAUAUGUAGAGAGAGAGAGAGAGCGCGCGCGCAUCAGAAUUUAAUGCACAGCUCUGCGGACUCGUCACACCUCUUCAUCCUUCCGUCUGGAUUUUUCUUUUCAAGCAAUUCCAAAAUUCUCUUGUUAACCUCAAAAGGAAAGAAAAGAAAACUCUUGUUCGUUGGCCUCCCCAUCCUCGCCGUGUUCUCGCAAGCCUGGCCGCCUCUCGCGCGGCGAUCCUUUCGCUCUUGAAAUAGGGGAACGCCCAGCAGAUUUCCGGAGUUGAACCCCAACAGAAGGAAUCACACAACUCUGCUCUCUCUGAAUCGGGGGCUCGGUGAUGGCUUGGCCGAGAUAGGCCGCGGACCAUGAAGCUAGUUUGCAGGACUGAGCAUUUCACAGAAAAAAUGCUUGAGGACAAAAAUCCAGCACAAGAUAUGGUAGACAUAGCUGGACAUGUAGAGCAGAAGGAUCCUUCUUAUGAAAAGGACAUCGUGGAGAUCAAAUUGCCAGACAGUGUUGCUUCUUUUGAUUAUGGUGGUAAUUUUGUCAAAGAUGUCUGCAUUGAUGACGGACAACCUCUUCCUCGGAAGAUUUCAGAAGAUAAAGUAGUAGAUGAAAAGUCAUCUCCAAAUUUUGAUUGUCAAAUGAUACACGCAAAUGAUGCUCCGACGUACACAGAAAAAGAUUGUGCUGCAAAAGCUUUCCACAAACCCAAACCAGAAGCAGUUCUACCUGUUAAUUUUGCUCCUGAUAGUAACAAUGAGAAACGAUAUUCUUCUUGUGAAAAACAUGGUCCCGAGGGCAAGAGUAAAGCCACUAAUUUUGGUGAUCUCAGUGAGAAGAAAAUAAGUUUGGAAGAAUUACUUAGACUCGAAAGUGCAGAAGAGUGCCUGCAUAAAGGUGCAAUAAGCUCUGAAACCAGUAAAAAUCAUAUGCUAUCUUUCCAUGGAGAAGCAGUCAGGCAGGUUUCCGCAAAUGUGGGUCAUGGAGUCGAAGUUAUUGCAUCCAAAACCAGUGGUCUUGUUAAUGAUACUGUAUCAAGUAAGAACAACAUUGAUGAUUGCUCAGUAACAACCUCUGAAGAAUGUGAUGCAGCGGCAUCAUUUGAUGCGAGAGGACUGAACCUAAUAGUUCACUAUAAUCCUUUUGUUGGUCAUGGGUCCCUAGAGGAUACAUGUAAACCAGAAUGCUCUACAUCAGCAAUCUCAGAUGCUGCUUCCACUGGACCUAUCUGCACUUUCGAGAAAACUGAUACUAUUAGUGCUGAAGGAUUUAAUGAAGUCGAAAUAACUGAACCUAGGGUUGAUGCUCUGAGUUCGCUAGGUUCAGAGAUAAGAUCGUCUGCGAAGAGCAAUGAUCAGAAUGGAAGUAUUAUGGGUGAAACAAUAACCAACAAGAUGCAUGAAACAGAAGCAGCUACAACUUCAUCAGCUGAAAAUGUAGAGCCCAAUGGAGCAAAUGGGGAGAAUAGUAAAGAACAUGGGACUGGCGGUACCGCCGAUAUACAUGGUUCCAGCCAGAUAGAUGAAGGAGCUAAUGAUGACGCGGUUAAUAGGAGUCCUGUGCUGGCACAACAUGAUAAUGUGUGCGAACAUAAUGCACCUGAUAGUGCAAAAGCGCCAUCUCGAACUGGAAACGGCUAUCCUCCCUUUGAACCGGGUUUUGGUCCUAGUAUUAUGUCUGCUCCAGUGUCAAACUCUGGCCAUCUUGCUUAUUCUGGCAAUAUCUCCAUCGGUUCAGGUAGUAGCACGACCAGCACCCGGUCCUUUGCAUUUCCAGUACUGCAGAAGGACUGGAUCAGCAGCCCGGUGAGGAUGGCGAAAGGAGAGCGGAGAUGCACCAGGCGGCGCCGAGGCUGGAGGAAGGGGCUUCUCUGCUGUAAAUUCUGAGCGCGUUUUCCCUGAAGAGCCUUUUAUAUCUGUUCUAUUGCAGGUUAAGUUCAUGGCUUGUACUCCCUCUGUUCGGAAUUAACUGUCGCUGAAAUCAGUAAAUCUACACACUGAAGCGCGUCUUAGAUACACUCAUUUCAGCGACAGGUAAUUCUGAACAGAGGUAGUAAUAAUUUGUAUCAUGAGAGUGAGGUGAGGAGUCAAAGAGGUAUAUGUAGUUGUAGCGUAGCGGUCGUGCUUGGCACUAGGUCCUGCAUGAAUUAGUUUUAUUGUUCUUGUUAGUUUGAGCUCAUGGUUGGUUGAUUACCCGUGCUUGAUUCAUAUUUCAGAGGGUUACAAA